AUGGCUACCGACAUGCAAGAGAAUUUCUGUAAUCUAUGCAGGCAAACGUCUUGUAUUGAGGGCGAUGAUGUAAUACUCUUUGGGAAAUGGUUAACCAAGCACGACUUGACGGUACAUUAUUACUGCUUGCUCCUGUCCACGUACUUGCCUCAAAAAGGCACUAGUGACACUGCCGGCCUAUUGGGUUUCUUAUUGCGUGAUAUACGUCGAGAAAUAGUGGCUGCUGCCAAACGCAUCUGCAUAUAUUGUUCGAAAUCCAAUGCAUCUAUACAUUGUAGGAGUUGUAAAGUGUGUUUCCAUUUAAUAUGUGGAAACGCCAAUCGAUGUAUAUCUCAUUUUAUGGGAGACUUUCAUUCGUAUUGUGACUCUUGUUUUCCUUUAGACGAUGUCCAGAAAGCUUUAUCAAUUUCGAAGCCUUUAUCGAAGCAGACGCGUUGUUAUAUCUGCGCCCAAUAUAUGUUCGCAUAUCAUCCGAAAAAUUGGCUUUAUGCUCCCUGCUGUAAAAAUGGAUUCGUUCAUAACUUGUGCAUGCAGAAGUAUGCACUGAACGCAGGUUACUAUUUGAAAUGUUUGUGGUGUAAAAGUGUAGAAUUUCGGAAUGCUGUGAAAUUGCAAGGCAUAUUUGUGCCAGAUUGUGAGGCCAGUUGGGAAACUGAGCCCAACGCUUACCAAGAUCUUCGUAUGCGGCAUAAACGUUGUGAUAUGAAAAAUUGCAAUUGUCCAAGAGGACGUGAUUAUAUUCAAAAACCAAAAUGGUCAUUAAUUUUAUGCAAUCUCUGCGGCUCCUUUGGUGCACAUAAUCCAACAUGUAUACCCGGUUUCGAAGAUUCGAAGAAAAAGGUGAACAAAUUUACAUGUGACACAUGUUUUAAAGCUACAAAAGAAAUACAUAACGUUGGCAAGACCAAAUAUUGCCGUGGAUCACAAGAGAUGUUCGGGGAGCGAUUAGACUUCUCUGAGAGCAUAUCCUCUAUAGUUUGGGCAUCCGCAAGCUCCAAUCAACAGCCUAAUAGAGAUGGGGAUAACAAUGCAUACGUGGACAAAAGAGGAGAUUGCCAAGGAUUAGAAGAGACUUUGGACUUCCCUGAGAACACAUCCUCUGUAGUUUGGGCAUCCGCGAGCUUCAAUCAACCCCUUAAUAGAGAUAUGGAUUAUAACCUCCACGUAGACGAGGCGAGAGAUUGUCAUGGACCACAAGAGAUGUUAUGGGAAAGAUUAGACUUCCCUGAGAGCUUAUCCUCCUCUGCGGUUUUGGCAACCACAAGCCCCCAUCAAUUGCUCGAUUCGAUCAAUGAUGAGAUUAUCGAGCGAAACUUGAAUGAGUUUCCAACAGAUGAAAAUUUCGUGAAACUGGAAAUGUACGAAUUCACCAAAAGUCUGUGCUGUUUGGACAAAGUUACAGUUAAACUUAAACCUAGCGAUCCACGUUUUGCUGGUAAAACUGCGGAAGACAUAAAACGCAGUAGCGACUUAAUUACUGCAGACGAUAUAAGUGAACGCUUAGGUGAUCUGAGUAUCUUGGAGCAAUUUGAUGAAAUUAUUGAUCAAAAUUUAUAG